AUGUCUGCAUUUUCGCCUUACAAUUCAGCUUCGCCGCAACCUCAGCCGAACUCUCCGGCACCAUGGGGUGGUAACCCUCAGGAGAUAAUGCUUCAGAUGGGGCUGCAAUAUGGUCAGAGCAUGCUUCAAGGAGGGGAGCAGAAGUUUAUGCGGCAUAUGCCUGUUAUAUCCAACAUUUACCGCUAUUUUCGCGUUGAUAAUCAGUAUGUGAAGAGAAAACUGGGGAUUCUACUAUUCCCCUUUACCCGGAGCUUUAGGAAGGAUGAGCAGGGACCAGGCUGCGAACAGGAAGUAACUGGAGGAUCUGCCGGCUUUGGGGGAGACUCAGCGCCUUUUUCACCUAUAUCAGCCACGGGUCGCACGUAUCCGACGACUUCGACAGCCCUACCCACAAAUAACGUUUACGCAUUGGACCUGUAUCUGCCCCUUAUGGGUGCUGUCACAUACAUCAUCCUUUCUGGAUUCGUACAUGGACUGCAUCACCACCGUGUGACAAAUGAAGAUCUUUUGGGUUUUGCUUCAGCGCUAGUAUUCUGGUUUUUAGGUGAAGUUUUUGUGUUAAAGAUGGUAAGUUAUAUUCUUCGUAUUGUGCCGGAUAUAAACGUUUUGGAACUGAUGGCCUUGACUGGAUACAAGUAUCUUACGGUGUCCAUCAUUGUAUUUUUGAGGGAGCUCUUACAAUUUGAAAGCGAUGCUUACUACAUUGGCACCAUGGCUACCUACAUCUUGUUUGCCAACGGUGUAUUUGUUGUUAAGAAUGUAAUGCGCAUGUAUGAACGAGAAGGACGGACUCCUCCCAACGCGAGGCUACUAGCGUACAGUGCCGCGUUUCUGCAGGCGCCGCUUGUGAUAUGGUUAGCCGUCAAGCCAUUUCGAUAG